CAGCGACAGAGCCCGUCUCUGAGGCGCUGCUGGAGAACCGAGACCGACUUCUUUCUCUUCCCCCUCAUUGGCGCUUCUCCCCCGCAGUUCGCCUCUGGGCUCCGCCGCAUUUCUUGGGGCUUAUAAAGUGCCUUUCUAAAGGCAACUUAAAAAUCAUGUCAAGCUCAGUUGAACCUAAAAAGGGGCCUACAAGACAGCGCAAAUGUGGCUUUUGUAAGUCAAAUAGAGACAAGGAAUGUGGACAGUUACUAAUAUCUGAAAACCAGAAGGUGGCAGCAGACCAUAAGUGCAUGCUCUUUUCAUCUGCUUUGGUUCACACUGAUAAUGAGAGUCUUGGUGGAUUUUCUAUUGAAGAUGUCCAAAAGGAAAUUAAAAGAAGCACAAAGCUGAUGUGUUCUUUGUGCCAUUGUCCUGGAGCAACAAUUGGUUGUGAUGUGAAAACUUGCCACAGGACAUACCACUACCACUGUGCAUUGCAUGAUAAAGCUCAAAUACGAGAAAAACCCUCACAAGGAAUUUACAUGGUUUAUUGCCGGAAACACAAAAAAACUGCACAUAACUCUGAAGCUGAUUCAGAAGAAAGUUUUAAUGGACACGAACUGGAGCCCUCAUCACCUAAAAGUAAAAAGAAAAGUCGCAAAGGAAGGCCACAAAAAACUAAUUUUAAAGGGCUGUCGGAAGAUACCAGGUCCACAUCCUCUCAUGGAACUGAUGAAACGGAAAGUAGUUCCUAUAGAGAUAGGUCUCCACACAGAAGCAGCCCUAGUGACACCAGGCCUAAAUGUGGAUUUUGGCAUGUAAGGGAGGAAGAAAAUGAAGCAAGAGGAAAGCUGCAUAUAUUUAAUGCCAAGAAGGCAGCAGCACAUUAUAAGUGUAUGUUAUAA